UUUUUUUUUUUUUUUCUCUUUUGCACAAAAGAGAAAGCUAGGAAGCUAGCUGCUAGCAAUAUUAUGUCUUUUAAAGGGUUGAUUGAACUUACAGUUUAUCUAUACGUAUAAUGGCUAGAGAGAAGUAGUAUAUAUAUAGUAUUUCUGAUAGUUUUCCAAAGAAAAAAGUGGGGAGGUUUUUUUUUUUGUUUUUUUUUUUUUCAAGUUUAUAGAAAAAUGGGAUGUGAAGAAGAAAUUUUGAUAAUAAGAAGCUAUGAUGGGCAAUCUGCAGAUAGAGGUAGAGUGGAAGAUCUAGAGAGAAGAUGCGAGGUAGGGCCAUCUGAAAGAGUUUUUCUCUUCACAGACACUAUGGGUGACCCCAUUUGUAGGAUCAGGAACAGUCCCUUGUACAAGAUGCUGGUCGCCGAAGUGGAUAACCAGUUGGUUGGUGUGAUUCAAGGCUCGAUAAAGGUGGUAACAGUUCACCAGGCGCCAAAAGACCGGGCUAAGGUUGGCUAUGUUUUAGGCCUUCGUGUCGUGCCGUCAUUUCGACGUCGAGGUAUUGGUUGUAGCCUUGUGCGACGGCUCGAGGAGUGGUUUGCAGUUAAUGAUGUAGAUUAUGCUUACAUGGCAACUGAGAAAGACAAUGAAGCCUCUGUGAAGUUAUUUAUCAACAAGCUUGGAUAUACUAACUUUAGAGUUCCAGCGAUUUUGGUGAAUCCAGUGAAACAUUACCGAUCAUAUCACCUCCCUUCCAACAUCCAAAUUGCUCGCCUAAAAGUGGAUGUCGCUGAGUUUCUCUACCGAAAAUUCAUGGCCUCUACGGAGUUCUUCCCCCACGACAUUGAUCAAGUGCUCAAACAUAAGCUAAGCCUCGGCACGUGGGUUGCUUAUUAUAAAGAUGACGACACCUCCUCUACCAAAUUCGAAACAAACGGUAGCAAGUCGGAAAUAGCAAUACCAAAGAGUUGGGCAAUGCUGAGUGUAUGGAACAGUGGAGAGGUGUUCAAGCUACGACUAGGAAAGGCACCAUUGUCAUGCUUAAUAUACACGGAGAGCUCGAAGGUGAUAGACAAGAUCUUCCCAUGUCUGAAGUUGCCAUCGAUACCGGAUUUCUAUGAGCCAUUUGGAUUCUACUUUAUGUAUGGUGUUCAUAGGGAGGGGAUGGGAACAGGGAAGUUGGUGAGGGCGUUGUGUCAAUACGUGCACAACAUGGCGGCCGCAGCGAGGGACUGUAAAGUAAUAGUAACAGAGAUUGGAGGGGAAGACUCGCUGAGAGAAGAGAUUCCACAUUGGAAGUUGCUGUCAUGCCCUGAAGAUUUGUGGUGCAUAAAGGCAUUGAAGAAAGAAGCAAGAAAUAGCCUACAUGAGUUGACAAAAACCCCACCAACUACAAGACCAGGCCUUUUUGUAGACCCAAGAGAGGUAUGAUGAUCAAAAUCAUAUCAAUAUUAAUAAAUCCCAAACUUACUUUAGUUAAUCACAAAUCACAAACUAAACCAAAAUCCAACAUAUAAACUAUAAACUUUCUAUCUUUUAUGUACAUACCACCAUGUACACACUUCCAAUAAUAAUGGGUUGAUUUUUGUUGUUGUCCCUAAUAAAAACUAUGACUUGCCUGA